UCUCGGCGUUUUCCGCGGUGCAAAGACAAUUUAAUCGCUUUCUCAAGGAGAGGAUUAAGGAAUCGAUGACGACGGAUUGACAACAAACGUGUUUAUCAACGUCACGCUUCGCGCUGAAGAACGUCGAAGAUCCAUUUGUCUUCAUAUUUACAACUGGUUUCUCGGUCUUCUUUUUCUUACCGAAUUUUUUAUCACAUGUUAUAUGUCUGAUGACUCCUCCGGUAAUCGUGACGGACGAAUUCUUAUUGCCCGCCGGGGCUCGGAAUUAAUCGAUCGUAGGAAUUCAAUUUGUCAUUAUACUGCGUGAAAGGCGGAUUUUGUGACGGAAUAACAACAAAUGUAUUUGCCAGCAUCAUACAUCAUACAUGCUGAGAACGCUGGAGACCCUCACUCGUCUCCGUAUUUACAAUUGGGCUCCUAUUUCUUUUUAUCUUUCAUCGCGUAUUACGCAGGAUGACGCAAUAACCAUUACCGUCCCGAAUAUCUUCGACGAAAAGAAACGCGACCUUCAGAUCUUCGAAACGACCGUGCUAUCGCGUAAUUUCCGUUGGAUCAAUUUUUCUCUCCUGCUCUCAUAUUUCAAAGAUAUUCAAAGUGAUAACAAUUAUUGCCUGUAUACUUAAUGACUCUCUCUUAUGACAGUAAUCGAGACCGAUGAACUUCUCUGGCUUAGCUUGGAAUUCAAUUUACUUGGAAUGAAUUGAUUAGGCAGGAUCUCUCAGAUCUUCAGAUCCCUUAUUGAGGCGACAUGGGGCCACACGGAAAAAAACGAAACGGGCCCAGCGGGAUAUGCUUGUCGUACAUGCUCGCCGGCAACUGGCCUUACUACACCGGCGAACCCCAUCCCGGUGACGACAUGCUCACGGCGCGGCUGCACUUCAACGCGACGGACGUCAGCGAGGAUGAGGCCGAGGAAGAGGACGCGAACGCCAAUAACCGGCACCAAUGCUGUAAGACCGGCGUCGUCAGGGCGACGCAGGAGGGUGGGCUGGCGCGCAGCACGCGCAACAAGCUGGAAUGCCUGUCUUCCGGCAUCGAGGGUAGGGGCGGCGGGCGACCUUUGGCCCUCCUGAUGGACCAACUGCAGCACCCGUGCGUGGACGCCGGCUUGGACGUGCCGUCGCUCCUCGAAUGGAGAUCCGCUGGCGAGUGUCCCGAGCACAGAAUUGUGGACCAUGUUGUCCUUGGCAAAGGCCAGCCCGGCGGCGCCUGGCAGUCGAUGGACCCCAACGUGUUGACCAUCAGUCUAAGCCGAUGGAUGUCCCUACCCGACUUGGAUCUAAGGCACUGGGAGAAACUCGUCGAGGCCGAGCAAUUACAGAAGUCGGUGUUAGCGGAGAGCGACGUGUGCGCGUACAUGCGGCAGGAAAAACUGAACGUCUGUAAAACGGCCAGUCGAGUUUCCGUGGGCACCGUAGCCGCUUAUUACAAGGACUAUGUGCGCAGGAAAGGCCUGAAGCAAUACUUCCGAUGCGGGACUACAGUUACUUCGAUAAGAUCGAAUUCGGACUCGCCCGAGAACAAAAGGGGAUACAAUUGGAUCGUGGACGGAUACGAGAACAAGAGCGGGAAGCGAUUUCGAUAUCGGUGCAAGAGGGCGGUCCUCGCGACCGGCACGACCGACUUGUCGAAUCAGCUGGGUGUCUUGGGGGAGAAGACCCACGAUUGGGUGACACACGACCUCAACGAUCUCGAGACUCGCUUGGAACAUUUGUUCGACGAAUAUGGCGAGAAUACCGUCGAUGAACAGGAUCAUCCCGUGUUAGUGGUGGGAGCCGGCCUGAGCGCGGCCGACGCUAUCAUGGCCGCGCGCUUUCGCGGCAUACCCGUGGUGCACGCAUUCCGCAACUCGACGAGCGAGUGGGGUAAGGAGACCGCGGUUAAGAUAAAUAGCAGUUACGACCGACUGCAGUGGCUACCCAGUUCCAUAUAUCCGGAGUACCACAAAGUAUACGAGAUGAUGGCCGACGGAGGCACGAAUUAUCCCCUGUACAAGUCGCUGCCGGGAUAUAUGCUCGUGAGUCUCGAUGAGGAUGACGAUGACGAAGGCAUCAGUGUAAAUCCCAGGAGAUUGGCCACUCUGUCCGCCCCGGAUGGGCAGCUGCACACGUUCCAGGUGUCGGCCGCGGCUAUUCUUAUCGGAUACAAGCCUGAUUUGUCGUACCUGGAAGGCGACGGUAUUAGACUGGGUACAAUUGCGGACCGGCCGAUCGACAACAAAUCGAAUCCGAUUGAGAUCGACGAUAUCACAUACGAGGUGAUCAAGGCGCCGAUGAAGGGACUGUACGCGUUGGGGCCGCUGGUCGGCGACAACUUCGUCCGCUUCGUUCUGGGUGGUGCUUUCGGAAUUCUGGCGCACAUCUUGUGCACCACGAACACGUGAGGGAUAUGACAGCCGUUCGCGCGAUCGUGUCUUAGCAAAAUUAUAUUAUACAUAUACACAGAGGCGUUGUGACACGUGGCAACUCUGUGCAACCUGUCACAAGUGCCUCCGAGCUGUCACGUCACAACGUAUCGAGACAAUGAGGACGGUGUGACUUUUACUGCUCAAUUCACGUGGGUGCUGACAGACUACCAUUUUAGCUCUUAACACUGAUCGCUCGGUAAAUCUGUUUGUAUAUACUGUUGAAGUUAUUUUUAUAUUCCUUUUCUCACAUNGAGAGAGAGAGAGAGAGAGAGAGAGAGAGAGAGAGAGAGAGAACGAUGGACGUGUUAACUUUCACGAAGAAUCAUAAUGUAUGGCGGCCGAUAUAUAACGUUGAUUCAUCGAUAUGCCCGUUGUUAUUGAAACAAUGCGUAGUAGUAACAACAAAAGACGUUAAAACAGGCAUGAGGAAUUGGAUAAAGCUUCCGUUUAAGAGAGGCACCUCCAAUGAUUUUAUCCUACAUUCAUAUAUUAUAGAGAUCAUCCUUCUUUAGGACAAGAUCACUGGUGCUUCCCCUAAAUGGGAUUUUUUAGCCGGAACAGUGGUCCGAUCAUACACACAGCGACCAAUGAUCCGGUGUGACUGCAGUCGACGUUCACGGCCGAGCGAGCGUUGUCUACACGAGAAUCAUAAGCCAUACCGGAAAAGUUAAGUGUACAUAACCACUCGGUUGAAUUUCGUCGAAAUUUCCCUUGAUGAAGGGAAAAGAUCGACGAGAUCGUUAAUAUGUUUGCUCAUAGCGAUAACGUGCGAUAAGGUGAAGGAUGACAAUUCAAUAUGAUACUUCUCGAUGCGAUUUAUUCGCGCUUAACAACAUUCCAUUCGUCGAACAGAUUGCGCAAAAGAGAUCGUUAGCAACAGUACAGUUUGCGUAAUAUAAUAUUGUUUGAUAAAUAUUAUCGACAAAUUUGCAUUUGUCACGAUUAACGAGUCCUUGAUAUACGAGUACGUACUUUAUACUGAAGUACCACUCUUUGUAGAGUGUAGAGUAAAGAAACCGGUGGAAACCGGUGGAAGUAUAGUUUGUAUCGUGACGAGUGUCGUAAGAAAGAAAUGUCAGCCACUUACGAUUGCUCGAACGAUGCAACGAAACAUGCGAUAUAAAUUCGGGCGUUACUCAGUGCGUUUAUGAUUGAUCGGUAGUUGCUUCUUUAAAAUAACGUUGAACGUGCGCUUUCUUAGGUACGUCUACUUAUAUAUAUAUAUAAUAUAUAUAUUCUUAGGUACGUCUACUUAUAUAUAUAUAUAUAUAAGUAUACGUAGUUAUAUAUAUAUAUAUAAACUAUAUAUAUAUAUGGAUCAGGAAUGCUUUUGUAAUCGUUUUCAUUCUCGCGUUAUCGUAUUCAUUCUUUCGGAGCAAUCGGGUUGCAUCACAAUUGUGCAUUGCUUUGAACGCACAAAUAUUUUCACACACGUGCGAGUGAACUUGAAUAUCCAUGUUACUCUUUCCGCAAGGAAUCGCGUGCGCAAGUGAGAGAGCAUACCCCACGAAGUGAUUAUUGUGUGUUGAUUUUGACACGGAAUCUUCGAUCCAUCGUGAUAUACCUCUGCAUCUCUUUAUUAAUAAGCUGUGAUUACUUUAAUGCCAUAGGCUAGUAACGCUCUUUUAUUGACGUAAACUAUACAAUAAUGCCUUUUUAGUACAAAACGUUUUGGCGUUUAAUUCCCGUUUUAUUCCUGGGAAAAAAUUCUUAUAUAUAAUUAUAUAUAUAGAAUAUUCCAUGUAUUUUAUAUAUAUGUCCCAAACUAAUCUCAGUUCCUCUGAUGUGCAAAUAGAAUGGGUGAAACUGAGCAGAAAAGUCAUGUACCAUUUUGCAAAAUUCGCAAUAGUUAGUGAGAAAUUAAUUAUUUUGUCUGAACAAAUAAACAUUUUUCAAGAGAUUGCGACUUUUUCCAAGUAUUAUGCCAACGACAAAACAACGUAUUUAAAUGUCUAUUUUAAUCUAUUCAUUAAACGAUUAAUCUGAUAAGAAUAUUUAAUGAUGUGUGAAUGUGGCAUUAAUCGUUUAAAUUAAUGUUAAUAUUGCUUCGCAAUUCACAAUUUUAACACAUAAACGGGAAAGGAUAGACCGGGAAUUGUAUAAAGAAAAAUGACUUUCUUGUGAAGAUAGCACUCGUUAGUGAUAGAUCUCACUAACUAUUGCGAAUAUCGCAAAACGAUAUAGGACUUUUGUGUUUACUUCAAUCCGUUCUAUACUCCCAUGAACUUUGAUAAGGUUGCUCUGGGACACAUUGUAUAUAUAUAUAUAUAUUAUUAUAUAUUUACAUAUAUAAUUCGUUAUAUGUAUUUAUAUAUAAUGAUAUA